AUGGGGCUGAAGAAGAAAAACCGCAAAGUCUCACAAUCAUCUAUGCCAGCCGAUCCAGAGCUUGAGCCAGAGUCCUCUAACUGGCCAGAUAAGAAGGCACAAGAACAUCUUUUGGAUCUUAUUACUAGCCUUCAUCUCAACUCAGAAUACAGCGAUUUGGAAAUUGUCUGCAAGGGUAGAACCUUCCCAGCUCAUAAGCUUGUGGUUUGCUCUAGGUCAGAGUAUUUCAAAAGAGCUUGUUUUGGAGAAUUCAAGGAGACCCGCGAGCCUAUCUGUCUUGACAAUACAGACCCAGUCCUUCUUGAGAAGGUGCUCGAAUUCCUAUAUACGGGAAAUUAUACUGUCAGACGCCUUAUCCCUGAAGCUCAAGAUCCACAGCUUAAUAGCAAUACGGAGUGUGCGAAAGAGUCUUUGAUAAUGUCUAUCUCGAAAGUACAUGCUCCAGAUCAGCUUGCAUCACAAGUAGAAGAGGCCACCAAUGAGAUUAGCAUGCGCAAUUCAGAAAAUAUCGCCCAAGACCCCAUUGGUGGAAGCAACAAAAGCGACCAGGAGGAUGCUGUGGAACCCGUCAUUAAUCCUGCAGCUGAAUACCACCCAUGCUAUUUCUACAUGCGCGUGUCUGGUAAAGCAGACUAUUUUAUAAAUAGCUCCUUAGAAGACAAAGCAAGGGAGCAAUUUCGUACAUCUUUUACAGAUUGCUCAGAGAGAGAUUUGUUUGCCGAGGUGAUCAAGGAGCUCUACUCAGAAGGGGCCAACUACCAGGACCUAAAAACACUGGCAAUAGAUGUGGUGGUCAACAAUCUGCCUAGUCUUCAAAAAGGUUUCAGCACAGCAAUUGAUUCCCAGCUUCUAGAGGCAGUCCCUAACUGCGCUAUUGAUCUUUGUCUUGCAAUAAUAGAUAAGUAUAUGAGCGAGCCACCUAACAUAAAACCAUAUCCACUCGCCACGGGCUUUGAAUAUAAGGGAGUUGACUACAAGUCUCUACUAUAA